UUGCUUUUGACGAAUUAAUUAAAAAAAUUAUCCGCCCCAAUUUACAAGCCAAUAAAGUAGUCAUUAUUGACCGUUAUAUUGAUAGCACCUUUGUUUACCAAGGAUUAACCGGAAAUAUAAAAAUUGCUAGUAUUCAAAAAAUCGCCCAAAAAACUAUUAACUUACCGCUUCCAGAUAUUACUUUUAUUUUAGAUAUUGACCCAAUUCAAGCCCAAGCAAGAUUAAAUAAAAGAAAAAGCGAAACCGGCGAAAUUUAUAUUAUUGAUGCUAGCCAAAGCGAAGCAGCCGUAGCCGAAGAAGUGGGAAAAAUAAUCCAACAAAUAUGCAAAAUAGAAGCCAAAGAAACGCCCUUACAAGCCGCGAAAAGAGAAGUUUUUGAAGAAACUAAUUUAGUGCUGGAAAGAUAUUUUUAUCGGGCUAACCAGUAUUCGGGGCAAAUCCAAAUUAAAGAAAUAGGAAAAAUUUUGGCUAUUAAGUUUAAAAAAUUAGCAAUUAUGAAUAAAAAGCCCUUGUUAAUUAGUAUUGAAGGAAUUGACGGAAGUGGGAAAACUAGCCUCCUAGCAAAAUUAAAGCAAAAAUUUCCUAACUCUUUUACUACUCAAUCCCCCCGCGGCACUGAACUAGUUACCGAAAACCUAGUCAGCCGACAACUAAUUACUAAUGUUUGGACCGAAUUUUUUCUUUUUACCGCUAAUCAUAACGAACAUGCUUUAACUGUCAUUAAGCCUAAUUUAGCCACCGGUAAAACCGUUUUAAUUGACCGUUAUAUUGAUAGCACUUUUGUCUAUCAGGGAAUUAGAGAUAUUGACCCGGCUAAAACGGAAUUAAGAAUUAGGCAAAGGAGACAAGAAACUGGCGAAGAACCAAAUAAUUGGGAUAAAGCCAAUUACGAUUUUCAUCGCAAAAUUAGAAAUGGUUAUUUACAAUUAAAAGAAUACUUUCCGCAAAGAAUAAAAAUUAUUAAUGCCGACCGCUCCUGGGAAGAAAUAAUUACGGAAAUUAACCAAAUUAUCAGUCAAUAUUAA